GACAUCUGUCACUACCUCGGUCGCCUUCAUCUCCAGAUGUGACUACUAUUUCCCUUCCGAUGGCAGUAACACCGACAAGGACAGUCUCGCGGUCGAAGACAUUGCAUGCGAGCGCUGGGAGGUCAUUGCAGGCGAGUACGAGUGUGAAUACCAGUACCAGCAUACCGACACUGGACGGUGUGGAGUUUGAGGAGGCCAAAUUGGGAGCGUUGAGGAAGUGGAUCCUCGGGAUAGCAAUAGUCAAUUUCGACCUUGAACUCGGGCCCUCCUUGACCUGCGUAUUUCCACCAAUUCCUCUAUACCCCUUUGAGGCAGAGAACAUUGCGUUCUCUGCGUUUCCUGACUCGCCUCAGUUCGCGGAAGGUUCUCAGAUCCAUUCGUUCCGGAUUUCUGAACAACGAGGAAGCUCGAGCUCGAGUUCUACCAAGGCGCCACAAUCUCGGAGUAGUGGCGUUGGAGAGAGACCGCCAUCGACGGACGGAUUUUUAUAUGGGUUCUCUCAUUUCACUCAGCGGAGGGAUUCGACUGUGAAGCGCGGAUAUGAGCAGCGUUCGGUGGUUAUCUUGACACACCACCCAUACCCCGCUCUGUUCAUGAGCGUGCUCUCCAAACUCGGACCACUACAUCAACUCCACGGUGACGCAAUACUCGAGGUCGCAUGCCAUAAUAUCCUGAGUUGGUCGGCACCCACACCUGGCAAGGUCGUUGAACUAGGAUUUCUGGGCUCAGUCUUACAUGUUCAGCUCCCUGAAAACCUGGACGAGCAACAGCUCAAUGGACUGAUCACUACUCGAAUCGUACAGACUGACCCCGACCUUCACAUUCUCGCAUCCGCACCUCCCCCGAAUCCACUGCCAUUACUGCUUUUCGAGGCUUCGUUGUCUCAUUUGUGGUCGAUAUGGGAGUGCCUCGUGCUCUGUGAGCCGAUCUUGAUUUUUGGGAGCUCGCCGGCGAUGACGAGCCAGGCGGUGUGGUGGCUGAGGGAUUUGUUUCGACCGAUACCUUGGGUCGGCGACUUCCGACCCUUCUUCACGAUCCAUGAUAAGGACCACUCGAUUCUCGUAAACGAGAAACAACCAAAAGCCGGGUUGUUGUUAGGUGUGACGAACCCGUUCUUUGAGAGAGCCUGUAAGCAUUGGCCGCAUGUGUUAUCGUUAGGCAAGGCACGACCUAAGAGCCUGAAGGACCUCUCAACAUCUGGCGGGAACACGGCUGUCACUGGGCCACCACCGGGAUGGAAGACGAAAACGCACAAACGGUACAUUUCGAAGGAUAAGAUCCUAUUCGUGCAGAUGGAAGAUGCGCUAAGGGGUGGAUCGCAAACUAUGCUCACAGCCUCAAACGACCUCCGACGCCAUUUUUCCGCAAGGACAUCCGAAUUGCUCGUCCCGUUAAACCGAUACCUCAAUACUCUCAUCCCGUCGCCUUCCGAGACGAUUCGCCAUCACGCUCAAUACGAGACACUGCAGCAGAUGACCUUCGUUCGUGCGCCUUCACCGUCCUCGGAGUCAGUCUUGAGUUCGACUUCGACGGCGACCACAGCUUUGGCGGCUACAUCACCCUCGCACUCCCCAAUGACGGGAUUCUCGGCCUCUCCAGCGUCCCAGCCGACAGCGCAUUCCAACCAGUUGCAUCCGCACCAGGAAAGCUCGUCUGCACAAUCGACAUCGAAUCUCUCCUCAUCUUUGUCAAGGCUCUCGACCUCACCAUCAUCCUCAGCUUCAUCCCGACCUGCUUCUUCUCACAUCCUCGCUUCUUCAUCCUCCCCUUCUAUCCACCCUCCUACACGCUCUCCCUCACUUCCACCGACCCAACGCCCCCUUCGAUUGAAGCCCUUUUCCCAACAUGCGUUCCUCUCUUCCCUCAAGACGCACGGUUCACCGUUACCAUUUAGGAGUAAGGCGAAGGAGAGGGAGUUUUAUGAGCGGUGGUUGAGGACGCCGGCGUUUGGGAUGUGGUUGGCGAGGCAGGAGGAGGUCGUGGAGAAGGUUUUGAGGGAGAGGGGUGGAGGUUAGCGAAUGACGGAGAGGGAUAGUGGGUAUCGCAGGGAUGAGAGAGAUGAAGCAUCCAUUCGGACGUGUGGACUGGAGGUGAGAAGUCGGAAGGCCGUGAGGCCAGGAAGGAGAGGAAGAAAGAGGGAGGGCAAGGAAGAGGCAGUAUGGAAAUGAGUGAUCGGUAGUUGGUCGAUCAAUUGAAGCAGUUGGUUUUGUACAUCCGAGUGGAUGUAAUUAAAUCAUCUUACGGAUGGAAAGAACGUCUGAGAUUGUUUUUGCCAUUGCGCUGUCGCUUUCGAAUGUAUGUAUGGGGACUGUUGUCUCAAGGUUGGGCGGAAAGCAAUCAGCUACGCUAGUACUUGC